AAUCUCAGAGGGAAGAAGGUAGCGAGGCUGGAUUGUGCUCACUCAGGCGGCACCUUGGGGACGAUGGCGGAGGGAGAUAAUCGCAGCACCAACUUGCUGGCUGCAGAGACUGCAAGUCUGGAAGAGCAGCUGCAAGGAUGGGGAGAGGUGAUGCUGAUGGCUGAUAAAGUCCUUCGAUGGGAAAGAGCCUGGUUUCCACUUGCCAUCAUGGGCGUGGUUUCUUUGGUGUUUCUGAAUAUCUACUACCUAGAUCCAUCAGUUCUGUCUGGUGUUUCCUGUUUUGUUAUGUUUUUGUGCUUGGCCGACUACCUUGUUCCCAUUCUGGCACCUAGAAUUUUUGGCUCCAAUAAAUGGACCACUGAGCAGCAGCAAAGAUUCCAUGAAAUUUGCAGCAAUCUAGUAAAAACUCGACGCAGAGCUGUGGGCUGGUGGAAACGCCUCUUCACACUAAAGGAAGAAAAGCCGAAAAUGUACUUCAUGACCAUGAUCAUUUCUCUUGCUGUGGUUGCGUGGGUGGGACAGCAAGUCCACAACCUUCUUCUCACCUACCUGAUAGUGACUUUCUUACUGUUGCUUCCUGGACUAAACCAACAUGGAAUCAUUUCAAAGUACAUUGGAAUGGCCAAAAGGGAGAUGAACAAGCUUCUUAAGCAAAAGGAAAAGAAAAACGAAUAAUGCAUCUUCUUUAUUCAGUGUGAGUAAUGGAGUAUACAUUGUCCUUGGGAAGUUUCUGUUACCUGGAUACUAAAGUGUUACAGAAGUAGCUCGUUGCUCUCACUCCUUCUGCCCUUAGUUACUAGAAAUUCAGAUAUGGGACAUAGGGCUUCAUACAGUGUCUUCAUGUAAAGUAUAUCUGGGUGCAUUCUCAUCAGUUGGCCUUAUAUGGACAAUUCAUUUAUGAAUACAACUUAUUUUGAUUUUUCUCACCCAGGGUUAAUUGAAUUUUUACUUAUAGGCAACUUCCUUUAAAAUAAUAUAGUGCUGAACUUCAAUCCUUAGUACAAGUAGCAGUGACUUUGGGUAAUUGUUCAAGUUGAUCUUUGCUUUAGCGAGAUACAAGGUGUAGUGGUCUGUGCCUACAGGAAGCUGGUUCUACCAUAUGCUUCCACAGUCUGCUUAAAAAAAAAAGUCUGGUUUCAAGAAUAUAGAGACCAAGUUUACCACUUCCAAAGAAGAGACCAAUUAGGAUUUGUUCCUCAUUCUGUUUUUAUACCAUGGAGAAACAUUCUCAUGGAAUAAAAGGAAACUAAUUACAUGCCCUAGUAUGUGUUGGUUUCUCCCUUGUGCAAAACUGAGCAGUUUGUAGAAAACGUUGAUCCUUCCUCAAAAAUGGGGAACCUGACUGUCUUAGAGCCCUUGUCCCCUUGCACUUAGCCUUCCAGCUAGUAGGUCCCAAAUGCUUUUCAAUAGCAGGCUUCCAAAAGCUUGGAUUUGGGCUUUUUAGCUUACUUUUAAUUUCAGAUUUUCAACUGUUUAAAACUAAAGUACAUUAGAGCUGAAGACUUGUGCCUAUGACUUUUACUCCAAGACCAGCUAAUGAAGGACAAAAGCCUGUGUUUCACCAAGAUUCAGAAGAAAAUAAUCUUACCCUACUCAUUUUUCAGUUCUCAUGUUAUGGUAAUGUUGGCUGCGUUGGUCCCCAUAGGUUUGGUCUAGGAGGUGGUGACUACGCUGGCAUCUAACUUUUUCCCUAGAUAUUUCUCUAAAUACAGGGCUGUUGGUGAGAGCAAACUUGUGUAGAUGAUAGAUGGCCUUAGGUCUAUAGCAAUGUUGUAACUAUUGGAAAGCGUCUUAGAAUCAUUCUCCUUCUCAGUAGCUAGAUGUUUAUAGUAGUUGAAAUCUGUGGAAUGAACCUCUAAGGGCCGAAAAUGUGACAUAUUUGGGAACAAUUCUUAAACUCUGAUUAACUAACUGUAAUAUAGUUCUGUGAGUUUAUUGCACUGAUGCUGUAAAACCUGGACCUCGUGGUAUAUCUGUCCUAAGUACGUGUUGCUUUUUCCCCUUCAAUAUUGCUGUAAGCAGUGGCACCAUGUAGCAUAUGUUUGAGUCUUUUAAUGUUUCUUAUGAAAACUAUAAGCUACCUUAAUUUACAUGUGUUUCCUCAUUGUAAAUAAGCCUGUCUUCGUAUCUGGAUUUUUUUUUUGUAUACAUGUUCUACCAGUUUAACUACUUUUGUGGUUUUAAUCCUGUAUUAUUUCUUCUACUUUGUUUUGUGAAAAGGGGAAAAAUAAAAGCUGGUAUCCCA